AUGAGUGCGAAAGGCCUCCUAGCUGGCGCUGCUGCUGCUGCCGCCGGCUCGGUCGCUGCUUCUGCCGCCGGCUCGGUCGCCAGCUCUGCCACCGGCUCUGAGGAUGCGGCUGCCGCUGCGGAGGCCAGCGCCGUGCGGCCGGCGGCGGCGCCCCCUCCGGCCGGACCGGCCGCACUCGGCAACCCAGUGGCGCUGACGUCCUUCUCCAAGCUGGUCUCCGCCAGGAGGAAACUGAAACAGGAGGCGCCCAGCCUGCCGCUGCGCCGCCAGGAGCUGGACGGCCGCAGCGAGUACCUGCUGCGCUGCCUCUCCACCUGUACCGGACUCGGCUGGCAUGAGCUGCUCGAUAUCGUCUACGAGGAGAAAAUGCUGGCUCGUCUGGAGGUGCUGUUCAUGGUGAACGGCCCUCAGCGCCUGCUGUGGUUCUGCCAGCCGCCUCACGCGCCGCCCGGACCGCCGCCACCGGACCAGCGAUCCGGCUCUCGGGCGGUGCGCGGCGCGGCCCACUCCAGUCGUCAGAACACCCUGCUGUUGACUGACGGCGUCUCGGUACCUCUCCGGGGCAUAGCCACCGCCAUGACACGCAACUCGAACCAGCGCGCCAUCACCGACGACAACGCACACAAGGAGGUGCUGUUCUGUACGCUGCCCGGCCGCGGCGACAGCCUGCUGCAGGCGGCCGAGCGUCUGCUCCGACUGGUGUUCAUCCCCGUCAUCAGCCGACACCCGACCGAGCUGGACGGCACGCCGGCGGGCCGCGCGUGCCGCCACCAGCUGCUGCUGGCCCUCUGUACCACCGCAUCGAUAUUCCACGUGACGGAGAGCAGCAUCCGACAGCAGGUGGUGUUUGAGGACAUCCCGCUGGAUCUGUCCUUCAGCACACCUGCCGAGGCCAUGGCGCUCUACAAGGACAAGUACAAGCUGAUCGUCAUGGAGCAGUACGUCAACAUUUGGAUCCGACAAAUCGAGGAGGUGCUGAUGCAGAGUGAACUGCUGCGUAAGGAGGGUAACGAGACGGGGCCACACAAGGAGCUCGAGUACUGGAAGGUCCGCUCGUCCGUCAUCGACUCCAUCAUCGAGCAGCUCAAACUGCACAAGGUAAAGACAGCCGUAUUCUGUCUCCAAAUGAACCACUACCCGAUCAUCAAGCUGUGGCGUCGCACCGACCGCCGGAUCACGGACGCCUUCAAUGAGGCCCGGGACAACAUCCGCUUCAUCUACUGCAUCGAGAAGCACCUGCACCCGCUGACGCUCGGCUCGCCGCCGGAGAUGGUGGGAAGUAUCGCUGGUCUGUUCAACGCCGUGAGGAUGAUCCACAGCGUGUCACACUACUACAACUCCUCAGAGAGAAUGUCCGCCCUGCUUAUCAAGGUGACCAACCAGAUGAUCGUGUCCUGUAUGGACUACAUCAGCGACCGGGGCCGGUACACCAUCUGGAACCAGCCCGAGGAGGACGUACGUUCCAAGAUCCGCGACUGCAUCUCACUGCGGGACCACUACCACGCCGGUUUGGAGCGUGCCGAGACGACCCUGGAGAACGUAGGCGACCGUCCGUUUGAGUUCAGCAAGGUCUACAUCUUCGGCAAGUUCGACGCCUUCUGCUCUCGGCUGACCAUGAUCACCAAUCUGUUUGAUUCAAUACAGGUCUACUCGCGACUCUUCAACUCACGAAUCGAAGAUCGUGUUGCAAGUCGGAAUGUGUCCACGUCUGACCCCAGUAUACCGUCACUCACAGGACUGUUGCAAGGAGUUCCCAUGGUGGAGGAGAUCAUCACCAUGUUCCGCCAAAUGGUGGACGAUAUCACCCAGAAGAAGUACGACUACCUCGACUACAAGAGCACCCAGUUCGCCUCCGACUACGCAGAGUUCCGGCGCGGCUCGGCCUCGCUGCUCGCGCAGAUCAGAGGCACGCUCGAGCAGGGCUUCCACGAUGUGUGGGAGACACCACAGGCGUUCUAUUUCCUCGGAAGGUUUGAAAAGGUGGCGGCGGUGGUGCCCGGUCUGAACAUGGCCGACAAGCACCAGCGUAUUGCCGAGUACUACAGCCGCCUGGUGGCCACCAUACAGCGGCACUACGUGCUGCACAAGGACAGCCCACCCGUGGCCUGGAACGAACCGCCGCUCGCAGGUCAGCUGCGCUGGGCGCGGAUGCUGUACCGCCGCCUCAGCGAGCCGAUGGAGGUAAUCCGUCACCAUCCGGCGCUGCUGGCGCUCACAGAGACCAAGCGGGCCGUGCGGCGCUACAACAAGCUGGCCGUGUGCCUGUGGAGGCUGCAGCACCUGCUCCACCAGGCCUGGAUGGACAGAAACGUGCUGUACAUCGAGCGUCACCUGGCGUGGCCGGUGGUGGUCCAGGAAGGUGACGAGCUGCGGCUCAACUACAGCCACGAGAUCCGCGUGCUGCUCAGGGAGAUCGAGGUCAUCCUGCGCAUGGGUCUGCCCGUGCCGAUCGUGGCCAGCGCCCUGCUCUCCCGCAGACAGUACCUGGUAGACUCGGCCAAUUCCGUACAGGACCUUCUGGAGUAUUUUAGCGCGGUGCGCGGCCGGGUGGUGCCCAGCCUGCAGCCGCUGCUGGUGCCGCAUGUGCAGCACGUGCGAACCAUGCUGGACACGCGACUGGCGCGCCUCACAUGGACCUCUGCCAAACUGGGCCCGACCGUGGCCGAGAUCAGAGAGGCGGUGCGGCAACUGGAGGUGCUCAUUGUAAGGCUGGUGGACAUCCACGGCAGUCGGAUAGAGGACACCCUCGGACGAAUGUACUCGGUGCGACUGUACACUCUGCCCGGGGACAAGCCGUGGACGCUGGACGACUUCCUCGUGCGCACAUACAAACUGUGUGUGCAUUCGGCGCAAGAGCUGGACAGCCUGAGCGGCACCAUCGAGCAGGGCGUCCAGGAGCUGGUGGAGCUGGUGCACCAACAUGACCCCACGCGCGCCGAGGAGUCCUCCAGCGGCUUUGUCGAGACCGACGGCGAGUCGGACGGCACCGGAUCGUCGGCCAGCUCUCUGGCUCAGCCCCCGUCGGGCCCGUCCACCCCGAUCCCCCCGGCCGGGUCAGAACUGGGCACCUCCCGCAGCACGGCACGGGCCGUCACCCCACAGGAGUUGGAGCGUCGUCGGAAGGAGAUGCGCCAGCGGAUGGAGCGGGCCGGCAAGGAGCUGCGCCGCCUCUACCACAGGAAGGUGCUGGAGGUGCUGCUGCGGGCCACAAAGGUGGCACUGGAGGCGCUCCGAAAACGGCUCUCCUGGGUGGAGAAGGGAACCUGUGAGUACAGGGUGUCGCUGGUGACGCCCGAGCAGCCGGCCGUGUUCAGUGUCGAGGCCAGCCUGGACGUGCCACAUGUGGUGGUCUCCCCCACUCUGGACCAGGUCCAGGAGACGCUCGUCAGGGCCGGGAAAAUCAUACUGUCGGUCAGCAAGGGCGUCGGACAGUGGUGCCGACACAAGAAACACAAGGUGCCCUCGAACGCCGAGCUUCCGCCGCCACUACCGGUCGGCCCCGAGCCGCCCAAGUCUCGCUGGGGCACCCAGCUUCAGAAGGCAGUCCAAUACCGUGAGAUCCAAGCCAAACACAAGAACUACUACUCUUACGUCCACGACAACAAGGAGGUGGUCAAGUUGGUCGCCCUGCUGGCCAACUGUCUGCACAACACGCGCUUGCGUUUCGCCGACCUGCUGGCCGGCUGGGAGCCGUACCACCACCUCUGGCGGAUGGACCGGCGCGCCACCAUGAAGGCCGUCACACGACGGAGACCCUCGCUGAUCGAGUUCGAGACCGAGAUGCAGCGCUACAAGGACAUAGAGGCAGAGCUGGCCGAAAAACCGGCCACCAGCCGUGUCGGGGCGCUGGUCAUCUGCACAGUCCAGCUGCAGCGGCGGCUGAUGUCCGAGGCCCGCGGCUGGCUGGCGCGCUACGGCGAGGCGUGCCGGGACCAGCAGCGGCGCCAAACGGCCCGCCUGAUGGCACAUCUCACACAGGAGGCGCGGAGACUGGCGCAGCCCAUCAGUGACCUGGAGGACGUGCGUGCCGCCAUGGAGGUGCUCCGCCGCGUCAGGGAUAUGGAGAUCGACACGGACAGGGCCAUCGAGCCCAUCGAGGAGAGUCUGCUGGUGCUGGCCAAGUUCGGCCAGCCCUCCAGCCGGGAGGACGCAGACGCCGUGGACACUCUCCGGUACACCUGGCAGCGCGUGCAGAGCCACGCCGCCGAGGUGCAGUCGCUGCUGCGCUCCGUGGAGCCGCACUUCCGCGGCGAGCUGGUGCGCAACCUGGCGCAGUUCGAGCGCGACGUGCGCCAGUUUUGUGCCGACUACCGGCGCCAGGGGCCCAUGUCGCCCGGUCUGGAGCCGCGCGAGGCCUCCGAUCGGAUGCAGCUCUUCCAGAACCGUUUCGACGGCCUGUGGCGGCGCCACCAGAUCUACACCAGCGGCGAGGAGCUGAUCGGACUGGAGCACAAGGAGUACCCCAUCCUCGGGCAGAUCAAAAAGGAGCUCAACCUGCUCCAGAAACUGUACAGACUAUAUAACGAGGUGAUUGACCGAGUAAGCAGCUACUACGAGAUCCUCUGGGAGGAGGUCAACAUCGAGGAUAUCAACAAUGAGCUCAUGGAGUUCCAAAACAGAUGUCGGAAGCUGCCCAAGGGCCUGAAGGAGUGGCCGGCGUUUAACGCGCUGAAGAAAACAAUCGAUGACUUCAACGACAUGUGUCCGCUGAUCGAGCUGAUGGCCAACAAGGCGAUGAAGCCGCGUCACUGGCAGCGUCUCUCGGAGGUCUCCAAGUACCAGUACAAUGUGGAGAGCGACGGCUUCUGCCUCAAGGACAUCCUGAUGGCGCCGCUGCUGCAGUACAAGGAGGACAUCGAGGACAUCUGCAUCUCGGCGGUGAAGGAGCGCGACAUCGAGGCCAAGCUGCGUCAGGUCACCACCGAGUGGUCUGCCCAGGAGCUCAGCUUCAUGACGUUCAAAAGUCGCGGCGAGCUGCUGCUGAGGGGCGAUAACACGGCGGAGAUUAUCGGUCAGCUCGAGGACAGUCUGAUGGUGCUCGGAUCGCUGCUCUCCAACAGGUACAAUGCGCCGUUCCGUAAGCAGAUUCAGAACUGGCUGGCCGACCUGUCGAACACGAACGAGGUUCUGGAGCGGUGGCUGUUCGUGCAAAACCUCUGGGUCUACCUGGAAGCGGUGUUUGUUGGGGGUGACAUCGCCAAACAGCUGCCCAAAGAGGCCAAACGGUUCUACAUAAUCGACCGUUCGUGGCAGCGGAUCAUGCACCGGGCGCACGAGGUGCCGAACGUGGUCAGCUGCUGCGUGGGAGAGGAGUCGCUGAAGCAGCAGCUGCCGCACCUGCAGGAGCAGCUCGAGCUCUGUCAAAAGUCCCUCUCAGGCUAUCUGGAGAAGAAGCGCGUGCUGUUUCCUCGUUUUUUCUUCGUCUCGGACCCGGCCCUGCUGGAGAUCCUCGGCCAGGCCUCCGACUCUCACACCAUCCAGAGCCACCUAAUGAGCAUCUUUGACAACACAAAGUCGGUCAAGUUCCACGACUCAGACUACGAUAAAAUACUGGCCGUCAUCUCCAGCGAGGGAGAGACGAUCCACCUGGAGAAGCCGGUCCGGGCCGAUGGUAGCGUCGAGGUGUGGCUGAUGAGUCUGCUGAAGAUGGCCCAGCAGUCGCUUCACGCCAUCAUACGACAGGCGCACUUUGUCCUGCAGGACGCCACCAUCAACGUGCUUAACUUCCUGGACAGCUUCCCGGCCCAGGUGGGCAUCCUGGGAAUCCAGAUGAUCUGGACCCGGGACGCCGAGAUGGCGCUGGGCCAGGCCCGGUUCGACCGGAAAAUCAUGUCCGACACCAACAACAGGUUCUUGGAGCUGCUGAAUCUCCUGAUUGACCGGACGGCGGCCGACCUGACGCGCAUGGAACGGACCAAGUACGAGACGCUCGUCACCGUGCACGUCCACCAGAGGGACAUCUUCGACCACAUGUGCCGACUGCAGGUGAAGGCGGUCACGGACUUUGAGUGGCUGAAGCAGUGCCGGUUCUACUUCAAAGACGACCUGGACCAGACCAGGAUCUCCAUUACCGACGUACACUUUGUUUACCAGAACGAGUUUCUGGGCUGCACGGAGCGACUGGUGAUCACGCCGCUUACAGACAGGUGCUACAUCACCCUGGCUCAGGCGCUGCACAUGUCCAUGGGCGGCUGUCCGAACGGCCCGGCCGGCACCGGCAAGACCGAGACGGUCAAGGAUAUGGGCAAGACGCUCGGCAAGUACGUAGUCGUCUUCAACUGCUCGGACCAGAUGGACUUCCGCGGCCUGGGGCGCAUCUACAAAGGUCUGUGCCAGUCCGGCUCGUGGGGAUGCUUCGACGAGUUUAACCGGAUCCAGCUGCCGGUGCUGUCUGUGGCCGCCCAGCAGGUGGCCGUCAUACUCAACGCCAAAAAGGAGCACAAGAGACACUUUGUCUUCACCGACGGCGACGAGAUCUCCAUGAACCACGAGUUCGGCAUCUUCUUGACCAUGAACCCCAGUUACGCCGGUCGUCAGGAGCUGCCGGAGAACCUCAAGAUCCAGUUCCGGAAUGUGGCGAUGAUGGUGCCCGACCGUCAGAUCAUCAUCCGCGUCAAGCUGGCCUCCUGCGGCUUCCUGGAGAACAUCACGCUGGCCAGGAAGUUUUUCACGCUCUACAAACUGUGCGAGGAGCAGCUCACCAAACAGGUGCAUUACGAUUUCGGCCUGCGUAACAUCCUAUCCGUGCUGCGAACGCUGGGAGCUGCCAAACGGAAAAACUCCAAGGACUCUGAGUCGACGAUCGUGAUGAGGGUGCUGCGAGAUAUGAACCUCUCCAAACUGAUCGACGAGGACGAGCCUCUGUUCCUGUCUCUAAUCAACGACCUGUUCCCGAACAUGGCGCUGGAGAAGGCCGGCUACCCGGACCUGGAGACGGCCAUCGCUAACGAGACAGCACGCGAGGGACUCGUGGCGCACCCGCCCUGGACGCUCAAACUCAUCCAGCUGUACGAGACGCAGCUGGUGCGUCACGGCAUCAUGACACUGGGUCCUAGCGGAUCCGGCAAGACCAGCUGCAUCCAGGUGCUGAUGAAGGCCUUCACCGCCACCGGAUCCGUGCACAGGGAGAUGCGGAUGAACCCCAAGUCGAUCACGGCCGCCCAGAUGUUCGGCCGGCUGGACGUGGCCACCAACGACUGGACAGACGGGGUGUUCAGCGCACUCUGGCGCAAAACCAUGAAGGCCAAAAAAGGUGAGUACACGUGGCUGGUGCUGGACGGACCGGUGGACCCAAUCUGGAUCGAGAACCUCAACUCUGUGCUGGACGACAACCGCACGCUGACACUGGCCAACGGCGACCGGCUGCCCAUGGCCGCCACCUGCAAGGUCAUCUUCGAGCCGCAGGACAUCGACAACGCCUCGCCGGCUACCGUCUCACGAAACGGAAUGGUGUACAUGAGCUCCUCUGGUCUGGACUGGAAGCCGAUCCUGGCCUCGUGGCUGCGCGCCCGGCCCGACCCCAAGGCCGACUGGCUGGAGGAGCUGCGGGAGCUGUUUGACGCCAGCUUCUCUUCUCUCUACGUGUGGAGCACUCAGAACCUCCGCUUCAAGAUGCCCGUCCUCGAGGUCAACAUCAUCACACAGAUCCUGACUCUGCUGACGGCCAUGCUGCCCGAGUCGCCGGAGGAGGCGUGGCAGGAGCGGGAGGCGGCCUCCGCCCCCGCCGCCGCCCCGGACGAUUCGGACGCCGCUGCCGCCGCCGCCGAGGAGGGCGAGACGCCACCGGCCGACCCCGCCGCCGCGCCCGCCGCCGCCCCGGCCGUGGACACCGCCCGCUUCAGGGCCUACUUGCAAAGGGUGUACACAUUCUGUCUGAUGUGGUCGGUCGGAGCGUUCCUGGAGACAGACGACAGAGCCAAACUGGAGCAGCAGAUGAGGACCGAGUUUCCCGACUGGGAGCUACCGCAGCCCGAGCGGCGAGAGACCAUCUUCGACUACUUCAUCGAUGACGCAGGAGCGUGGCAGCCGUGGCGCAGCCGGGUCACCGCCUACGUCUACCCGGAGAGCUCCACCCCCGACUUUCCGUCCAUCCUCGUCCCGAACGUGGACAAUGUGCGGACAGAGUUCCUGUUGUCCCUGGCCGCCGGACAGGGAAAGCCGUGUCUGCUGCUCGGAGAGCCGGGCUCGGCCAAAACGGUCAUGGUCGAGGCGUUCAUGAAGCGCGCCAACCCCGACGAGUGUGUCAGUCGGCGCAUGAACUUUUCGUCCGCCACUCUGCCCGUCAACUUCCAGCGGACGAUGGAGAGUUUCCUGGACAAGCGGAUGGGCUCGACGUACGGUCCUCCGGCCGGCAAAAAGAUGUUCGUCUUCAUUGACGACCUGAACAGCCCGAGGGUGAACGAGUGGGGAGACCAGGUGACGAACGAGAUUGUGCGCCAGACCAUCGAGAUGAACGGCUUCUACAGCCUGGACAAGCCGGGGGAGUUCACUCACGUGGUGGACGUCCAGUGUCUGGCCGCCAUGGGACAGCCCGGCGGCGGCAGAAAUGACAUCCCACACCGGCUGAAGCGGCACUUUGCCAUCUUCAACUGCACGCUGCCCUCGAACGCGUCCAUCGACCUCAUCUUCGGCACGAUCGCCACCGGUCACUACUGCGCCAAGCGCGGCUUUACGGACGAGGUGCGUCAGCUGGUGCAGCGACUGGUGCCCGUCACACGCCGGCUGUGGCACGCCACAAAGACGCGGAUGCUGCCGACGCCCGCCAAGUUCCACUACGUGUUCAACCUGCGCGACCUGUCUCGGAUCUGGCAGGGCGUCAUCGGCACGCUCAGCACAGUGGUCACCUCGGAGGCCAUCCUGAUGGCGCUCUGGAAACACGAGUGCACGCGCGUCAUCGCAGAUAGGUUUACCACGGCCCAGGACGGCGAGUGGUUCUCUGUUCAGCUGCAGCAGACGGUUCACAAGUACCUGGGCGUCCAGUACGGGGACAUGCUGCAGCCGGACCUCUUCUUCGUUGACUUCCUCCGGGACGCGCCCGAGCCCACCGGUGACGAGGGAGACGAUAUCGACAUGGAGAUGCCCAAGGUGUACGAGCCCAUCGAGUCGUUCAGUGCGCUCCGCGAGCGGCUCGUCAUGUUCCUGGCGCAGUACAACGAGAUGGUGCGCGGCGUCGGCAUGGAUCUGGUGUUCUUCAUGGACGCCAUGGUGCAUCUGAUCAAGAUAUCUCGGAUUAUCCGUAACCCGGGCGGUAACGCGCUGCUGGUGGGAGUCGGCGGCUCCGGCAAACAGUCGCUCACCAAGCUGGCCUCCUUCAUCGCCAGCUACAAGACCUUCAACCUCACCAUCACCAGGUCGUACAACUCCAACAACCUGCUGGAGGACCUGAAGGUGCUGUACCGCACGUGCGGCGUCCAGGGCAAGGGCACGGCGUUCAUCUUCACCGACCAGGAUAUCAAGGAGGAGGGCUUCCUCGAGUACAUCAACAACGUGCUCGCAUCAGGUCUCAUCUCCAACCUGUUCAACCGGGACGAGAUGCAGGAGAUAUGUGCCGAGCUGACCCCUGUGAUGAAGCGCGAACACCCGCGGCGGCCACCCACUCCCGAGACGCUGGCCGACUACUUCCUCUGCCGGGUCCGACAGAACCUGCACGUGGUCCUCUGCUUCUCACCGGUGGGCGAGAAGUUCCGUUCGCGGGCGCUGCGCUUCCCCAGCCUGGUGUCAGGCUGCACGGUGGACUGGUUCCAGCCGUGGCCCAAACAGGCGCUGAUCGCUGUGGCCGAACACUUCACGGGCACGUUCUCACUGGCCUGUGAGCCGAGCGUACGCGACCAGCUGGUGCAGGCCAUGGGAGCCGUCCAGGACACCGUGGCAGACUACUGCGUCCAGUUCUUCCUCAGGUUCCGACGUUCAGCUCACGUUACCCCCAAGUCCUACCUGUCCUUCCUCAACUCGUACAAGACCGUGUACCGCAACAAGAGCGCCGAGAUUGGCGAGCUGGCCGAACGGAUGAGCUCGGGACUCACCAAGCUGCACGAGGCGUCGCUGACAGUGGAGGCCCUCAAACGGGAGCUGGUGGUCACGGAGACUGAGCUGGCGCAGGCCUCUGCUAAGGCUGAACAGGUGCUGGAGGCGGUCACGAGCCGCGCCGAGGAGGCCGAGACCAUCCGUGACCACAUGGUCCGUGUCAAGGACCGCGCCAUCGCGCUGGUGGACCAGAUCGCCUGCGACAAACAGCUGGCCGAGCAGAAGCUGGAGCUGGCCCGGCCGGCGCUGGAGAUGGCAGAGGCCGCGCUCAACACCAUCAAACCGGCUCACAUAGCCACCGUGAGGAAGCUGGGCCGUCCGCCGCACCUGGUGAUGCGUAUCAUGGACUGCGUGCUCAUCCUCUUCCAGAAGCACCUGCAGCCGGUGAAGCCGGACCCGCAGGCGCCCUGUCCCAAACCCUCCUGGGUCGAGUCGCUCAAGAUGAUGGCGAGCACCACAUUCCUGCAGCAGCUGCAGAGCUACCCCAAGGACACCAUCAACGACGAGAUGAUCGAACUGCUGGAGCCCUACUUCGACAUGGAGGACUACAACAUGGACACGGCUACCCGCGUCUGUGGCGACGUGUCCGGCCUGCUCUCCUGGACGCGCGCCAUGUCCUUCUUCUUCGGCGUCAACAAGGAGGUGCUGCCUCUCAAGGCGAACCUGGCGCUGCAGGGCGCGCGUCUCUCCUCGGCCCAGGACGAGCUCAGUGCCGCCGAGGCCGAGCUGACUGACAAGGAGGCUCAGCUGGCCAGCGUCAAGGCUCAGUACGACCGCGCUGUGGCCGAGAAGACGCGCCUCACGCAGGCGGCCGACGCGUGCAGGAGGAAGAUGCACGCUGCCAGUCAGCUGAUCAACGGUCUGGGCGGGGAGAAGGUGCGCUGGACCCAGCAGAGCAGGGCCUUCAAGGAGCAGCUCGGACGGCUGGUGGGCGACGCUCUGAUGGCAGUAGCGUUCCUGUCGUACGCCGGUCCGUUCAACCAGGAGUUCCGCUGCUCUCUGCAGGCCAGCUGGCGCCAAAUUCUGCAAUCUCGCGCCAUACCGCUGACUGAGAACCUCAACAUCAUCUCCAUGCUGUGUGAUAACGCUACGGUGGCAGAGUGGAGCCUGCAGGGUCUGCCCAGUGACGAGCUGUCCAUUCAGAACGGCAUUGUGGCCACCCAGGCCAGCUGCUACCCACUGAUGAUCGACCCGCAGGGACAGGGCAAGGCCUGGAUCAAAAACAGGGAGGCCGCCAACGAACUGCAGAUCACGUCCCUCAACCACAAAUACUUCCGCGCCCAUCUGGAGGACAGCCUGUCGCUGGGCCGGCCGCUACUGAUUGAGGAUGUGGGAGAGGAGCUCGACCCCGUGCUGGACAACCUGCUGGAGAAGAACUUCAUCAAGUCCGGAUCCACCCUCAAGGUGCUGGUUGGCGACAAGGAAUGUGACGUCAUGCCGGGUUUCACGCUGUACAUCACGACGAAGCUGGCGAACCCAGCGUACAGCCCGGAGGUGGCCGCCAAGACGGCCAUCAUCGACUUCACCGUCACUGUGCUGGGACUGGAGGACCAGCUGCUCGGUCGUGUGAUCCGGACAGAGAAGGUGGAGCUCGAGUCGGACCGCGUGGCGCUCAUUGAGGCAGUCAUGGAGAAUAAGCGCAAGACCAAGGCGCUGGAGGACGACCUGCUGUACCGGCUGACGUCCACGCAGGUGUCCCUAGUGGACGACGAGGACCUGAUUCAGGUGCUGCAGUACACCAAAACCACCGCACAGGAGGUUCACGAGAAACUGCAGAUCGCAGCAGAGAUGGAGAAGAAAAUCAAUAAAGCUCGGGACGAGUUUCGUCCGGUGGCCGCCAGGGGAUCGAUCCUCUACUUCCUCAUCACGGACAUGAGCGAGGUGAACGUCAUGUACCAGACGUCGCUGAAGCAGUUCCUCGGACUCUUCGACCAGUCCAUGCAGAAAGCGGAGAAGGGCGAUAACACGACGGAGCGUAUCCAGAAUAUCAUCGACUACCUGACCCACGAGUUGUGGCGCUACGGCUCCCGCGGUCUGUACAAGCAGCACAAGACGCUCUUCACGCUGCUGCUAGCCAUCAAAGUGGACAUGCAGGCCGGCAAGAUCACCCACGCCCAGUUCAUGACCUUCAUCAAAGGCGGAGCAUCGCUUGACCUGAAGACGGUGCAGCCCAAGCCUUGCCGCUGGAUUCUGGACAUCACCUGGCUCAAUCUGGUGGAACUGUCCAAACUCAGUCCUUUUGAGGACCUCCUACAGCAGGUGGUGAAGAACGAGAAGGAGUGGCGCGCCUGGUUCGACAAGCAGCGUCCCGAGUCUGAGCGGAUCCCCAGCGGGUACUCGGAGGGCCUGGAUCCGUUCCGGAAACUGCUGCUGAUCCGCUCCUGGUGCCCGGACCGCACCCUAUCGCAGGCCAAGUCGUACUUCGCAGCCUCUCUGGGCAGCCGUUUCUCACAGGAGGUGGUACUGGACCUGGACGCCACGUGGGGAGAGUCGGACCCCCGCACCCCGCUCAUCUGCUUCCUCUCUGUCGGUGCCGACCCGUCGUCUCAGAUCUUCAACCUGGCCAAGGCCAAGGGCGUAGGUAUCGAGUCGAUCUCGAUGGGUCAAGGUCAAGAGGGUCACGCACGGCAGCUGAUCAGUGUUUCCAUGGAAACGGGCGCUUGGGUGCUGCUCCAGAACUGCCACCUCUCGCUGCACUUCUGUGACGAGGUAAUGGAGCUGGUACAAGAGACGGAGCCGGUGCACGCCCAGUUCCGGCUCUGGAUCACCACAGAGUACCACGCCCACUUCCCCAUCAGUCUGCUGCAGAUGUCGAUCAAGUUCACCAACGAGCCGCCGCAGGGCGUGCGCGCCAGCCUGCGGCGCACGUUCGCCGACAUGUCGCAGGACCUGCUGGAGUACACGGCGGCGCCGCAGUGGUCGGGCCUGCUGUACGGCGUCUGCUUCCUGCACACGGUGCUGCAGGAGCGGCGCAAGUUCGGCCCGCUCGGCUGGAACGUGCCGUACGAGUUCAACCAGGCCGACCUCACCGCCUGCAUCCAGUUCCUGCAGAACCACCUGGACGAUGUGGACCCGAGAAAGGGUGUCUCGUGGCCCACCAUCUGCUACAUGCUGGGCGAGGUCCAGUACGGCGGUCGGGUCACCGACGACUUCGACAAGCGUCUGCUGGUCACAUUCACACACGUCUGGUUCUCGGAGCGGCUGGUGCGGCCCAGCUUUGCCUUUUACGAGGAGUACCGGGUGCCGCCGGGUCGCAGUCUGUCGCAGUACCUCGAGUACAUCGCCGGUCUGCCGGACGCCGACACGCCGCAGCUGUUUGGGCUGCACGCCAACGCUGAUAUUACGUACCAGAUUAACACGGCCAAGGGAAUCCUGGACACGAUCCUGAGCAUUCAGCCGAAGGAGGGCAGCAGCAUGGGCGGCGAGACCAGAGAGGCGGUCGUCAACCGGCUCUGCCAGGACAUGCUGGCCAAGCUGCCGUCGGACUACGUCGGCUUUGAGGUUCGGGAGCGACUGCAGGCCCUCGGGGCCCUGCUGCCCAUGACGAUUUUCCUUCGGCAGGAAAUCGACCGCAUACAGCAGGUGAUUACGGCCGUUCGCCAAACGGUGUGUGACCUGCGGCUGGCCAUCGAGGGCACCAUCAUCAUGUCACAGUCGCUGCGGGAGGCGCUGGACGCCAUGUAUGACGCCCGCGUACCCUCAAAGUGGCAUAAGAUCUCUUGGGACUCGAGCACGCUGGGUUUCUGGUUCACGGAGCUGCUGGAGCGCGACAGCCAGCUCAAGGUGUGGCUGUUCAGCGGCCGGCCCAAGGCCUUCUGGAUGACGGGCUUCUUCAACCCGCAGGGAUUCCUCACCGCCAUGAGACAGGAGAUCACGCGCGCCCACCGCGGCUGGGCCCUCGACUCCGUGGUAAUGCAGAACACCGUGACCAGCUUCACCUACGAGGAGAUCGACGAGCCUCCGCCCGAGGGUGUCUACGUGUACGGCCUGUUCCUCGAGGGAGCCGCGUUCGACCGCAAAACUGGCAAACUGGUCGAGUCUAAGCCGAAGGUGCUCUACGAGCCGAUGCCCACCGUUUACAUAUACGCCAUUUCAUCCACGGGCGGUAAGGACCCGCGGCUGUACGAGUGCCCCGUCUACCGCAAACCAUGCCGAACCGACCGCACCUACAUCGGCAGUAUCGACUUUGAGACCGAGCUGAGCGCCACCCACUGGACACUGCGCGGCGUGGCGCUACUCUGUGACAUCAAAUAAAACGGCAGAGGGAGAACUGUAAAUAUGUUAGGGUCGCAGUGCAAUACAGUCGUUGGGUACGGUGAAGCAUAGACAGACUUUUCGAGCUUGUCGAACUAGUCUUAUGGGAGUUGCGGCGUUGACAGUAGUGAUAUCUUGAAGUGAUGUACGGAAAAAAUAUAGUUAACAAGACAACAUGUAUCUGAAUAUCUGACAAACAGUAGCUUGUCUUAUCGGGGCAUAUUAUUAGUUUAUCACAAGAGGUCAAUUCUCAGCAGUACGUGAUCCACAUAAAUCCAGAACGUUCUAGUCGGUGUGCAACGUCGAGACAUCUGUGAGCUUACUUAAAAGGAGUUCUCGGAACGUCAGCCCUUCAAAGUUUGGGUUGGCCCAGUGGCUGGGUACGAUCACGGUACGAUAUUCGGAUCAUCGGUGCAGCAGGGCCUCGUUCGAGUAGUUUCUGGAGUGUUCUCCGUCCAAGGAUGUCCGUGAAACUGAUCCGGAUGUAGAGAGGGAUUUUGGGGAGCUGUUCCGUGGUCCCUAUCAGCUGACACUUCCUCGAGCUGCGCCGAUAGUCGAUAGCUGCUGCUGUCACGUGAACGGUGGGCGUGUGUGUUUGUGAUCCUCGCCACGUGUUAAAUCCAUAUAAUAAGAGGUAAUAGAUAUAGAAAUAGGCAGACGGUUUAUUUUAGUUUAUUUUAGCCGUUCGGAAUAUAUUAUAUUUGCGCUCUCUUGAACGCAAAAUAACUAUUCGUCUAGUGAAGAAUAGAAAUGAGUAAUGACAUACCGAGUGAAUGUUACCAACAAAUUACAUGUGCACAUAAAGCGAGUGCUCGCAUAUACCGCAUGUAGUGGUAACUAACUAGGUGUCCUUGUAUUCGCGCUGUGUUACGCAGUGCCGCCGUGCCACGUAUUUACAUCACAUAUGCUUUCGUAUUAUUUUCAGUGAGGAUGGUGAUUUUAGAGUAUUGUUGGUGAUUUCCUAGUCACAGCUGAGAGCUUAUGUCACGCGCUUUGCGUGUUGUGUAUUGCGUGUGGUCUUAUGUUGUCACCUAGUUGACGUAACAUUUGUAAUGUCGUAUUGUUCGGCUGUGUCUCUGGCUCGUUC